CGGCUGCCAUAACGUUACUGUCGCAAACCCCGACCGACUGUCGUGAAUACUGGCCGCCCACUGAAGAUGGCGGCGGAGCUGCAUCCGCGGAGCGGAAAGCUGAUCGGCCUGUCCAACUCGAACCGAACCGCCCGGCGCAACCAGCCAGUCCAGGAGUUCAACCACGGCCUGGUGCUUAGUAAGGAGCCGCUGAGGGACCGGGAUGUCUUCACCGUCCGUAUUGACAAGAAGGUGAACUCGUGGAGCGGUUCCAUUGAGAUUGGCGUGACGGCGCUGGACCCCGCUGGGCUGGACUUCCCCAGCAGCGCCACAGGCCUUAAGGGCGGCUCCUGGAUCGUGUCAGGCUGCUCGGUGCUACGCGACGGCCGCUCGGUCCUGGAGGAGUACGGCCGCGACCUCGACCAGCUAGCCGAAGGCGACCGGGUGGGCAUUCAGCGGAGCUCCCGCGGGGAGCUCCACCUCUGGGUUAACGGGCAGGACUGCGGUGCAGCCGCAAGCGGCUUGCCGCCUAAGCUCUGGGCAGUGGUGGACCUGUACGGCAAGUGCACUCAAGUGACGGUGGUGAGCUGUGAGCCACCGCCGCCCUCCGCGGAGAAAGAGACAAUAGAGCGGGACGAGGAGGAGGAUAAUGAGGAGGAGGAAGAGAUGGUGGUGUGCGGGGGUCAAGGGGAGGUGGGGAUCACAGCACUGAUGAAUGUGGCAGCAAUGAAUGGAAUGAUGAAUGGAGAUGAAGUGCCUGAGCUUAGCUGCAGUCACAGCAGACCAGACAAGUUCCCCAACAACCUGGAGCCCGACACGGUUCUAACAGAGCACCAGCUCUUUGACGUGUUCAACAAUGCAAUAGUAUCUUUUUAUCGCUCUGAGGAUGAGGGCGGAGGGGAAGAUGGUGGAGGUGGAGGGGGAGCAGGAUGCAGCGGAGGAAAUGCGGGAACUGACUCCUCUUCCAGAAAUGACAGGGGGAGCAGCACUGGCAGCAGUGGAGGAGGUGCCGUCAACAGCGACAGCGGAAUAGGGACAACAGGAGGAGGUGGAGGAGGAGCUGGUGGUGCUGGAGAAAGCGGAAAUACUAAUAACAGUCCUGCUGGUAAUGGAGGGGUCGGGCUGGGGGUUGUGACAGGUGGGAUGACCACCAAUGACGCGCUGCUGUUCCACGAGAAAUGUGGCACACUGAUCAAACUGAGCAACAACAACAAAACGGCGGAGCGGAGGAGACCGCUGGACGAGUUCAACAACGGCGUGGUGAUGACCAACCGGCCGCUCCGACACAACGAGAUGUUUGAGAUCCGCAUUGAUAAGCUGGUGGACAAGUGGUCAGGCUCAAUAGAGAUAGGCGUGACUACACACAAUCCCAACAACUUGGACUAUCCUGCAACCAUGACCAAUCUGCGCUCAGGUACAAUCAUGAUGAGUGGCUGUGGGAUACUGACCAAUGGGAAAGGAACCCGCAGGGAAUAUUGUGAAUUCAGCCUUGAUGAACUUCAGGAGGGAGAUCACAUAGGGUUGAUGCGCAAAGCCAGUGGAGCGCUCCAUUUCUACAUCAAUGGCAUCGACCAAGGUGUUGCGGCAGCCCAGACCCCCGGCGUGGUCUACGGCGUGGUUGACCUCUACGGCAUGGCCGUCAAAGUCACCAUAGUCCACAACCACAACCACAGUGACCGCCUCAGACGCAACAACGCUAUCAUGAGGGCUUUAUCCCCUGACGUCGGCCGGCCCAGGCCAUCUCUUUCCCUCACUCCAGACUCGGAGGGGCCUGACCGGCUGCUCUUCCACUCCAACUGUGGCCAGAAGGCCGCCAUCAUCAGUGACGGCAGGACGGCGCUGCGCCCACAUGCGACUGAUGACUUCAACCAUGGCGUGGUCUUGAGCAGCCGGCCGCUGCGCUCCAAUGAGGUGUUCCAGGUUCGCAUCGACAAGAUGGUGGACAAGUGGGCGGGUUCCAUUGAAAUUGGUGUCACAACGCACAACCCCGCAUACCUGCAGCUGCCCUCCACCAUGACCAACCUGCGCUCAGGGACGUGGAUGAUGACGGGGAAUGGCGUAAUGCACAACGGAACAACAAUACUGGAUGAGUACGGACACAACCUGGACCGGCUCAAGGCCGGUGACACAGUAGGUGUAGUGCGGAAAGAAGAUGGCAGCCUCCACUUCUUUGUAAACGGUGUGGCUCAGGGCCCGGCAGCCUGGAAUGUCCCUCCCAGUGUUUAUGCCGUGGUCGACCUCUAUGGCCAGGCUGCUCAGGCCACCAUCAUGGACGACAUGGUGGACCUCCCCCCUCUCCCGGAGGACAGCUCAGAGGGCCCCACAGCCAUGUCCCCCGGGAGCCCCUGCUCAAUAGGAGGGGCCAGCACGACCAACGACCUGCGUUUCCACCAGCUACACGGCACCAACGCUGUCAUCACUAAUGGGGGGCGCACUGCCCUGCGUCAGAACUGCCGCAGCGAGUUCAACGACGCUAUUGUCAUUUCCAACAGGUGCCUUCGAGAUGGAGAGCUGUUUGAAAUCGUUAUUCAGAAGAUGGUGGACCGCUGGUCGGGUUCAAUAGAAGCAGGAGUGACGGCUAUCAGGCCAGACGAGCUCGAGUUUCCCAACACUAUGACUGAUAUCGACUAUGACACUUGGAUGCUCAGUGGAACUGCCAUCAUGCAGGAUGGCAACACGAUGCGCAACAACUACGGUUGUGAUCUGGACUCUCUGACCACGGCCUCACGGAUUGGCAUGAUGCGUUCAGCCACCGGCGACCUCCACUAUUACAUCAACGGCGUGGACCAAGGUGUCGCCUGCUCCGGUCUGCCACCAGAGGUGUAUGCUGUGAUCGACUUGUAUGGUCAGUGUGUUCAGGUGUCCAUCACCAGCUCCUCAGGCCCGCUGGACAACAGCCUCUGUACCAGCAACAUCACUGAGAAGAGCUUCCCCAUCCACUCACCAGUAGCAGGUGUGGCCCACCGGCUCCACAGUAAACAUGGUAAGAAUGUGGUGCUGCUCGGCGAUGGCUGCCAGGCUGUCAGAGUUGGAGGUUACGCUCAUGGCAUCGUGUUCAGUGCGAAGGAACUCAAAGCAGACGAGCUGUUCGAGGUGAGGAUUGAUGAAGUGGAUGAGCAGUGGUGCGGUUCGCUUCAUAUCGGUCUGACCACACUGGCACCUCUGGAGCUGCCGUCCUGCCCGCUGUCAGGCCUCUCCCCCUCCCUCCCGCAGCUUCGCACCAAGGUCACCUGGCUGCUCUGCGGCUCUGAGGUCCGUCGCAACGGUGUUCUGCAGCGGCAGAACUACUGCUGUUCACUGGACCGGCUGACGGUUGGGAACCGUGUGGGUGUAAAGAGGUGCAGUGACGACACCAUGCACAUCUUCAUCGAUGGAGAAGAUAUGGGACCUGCAGCGACUGCAGUAGCCAAGAAUGUGUACGCAGUUUUGGAUCUGUAUGGACGGAUAAUGGCGGUGUCCAUUGUGAGCUCUUCGUUGAUGGAGGACAUGGAAAGCGUCAAGGCGCCCUCGCUCUCCUCAGACAGCUGCAGUGAAGGAGAGGAGGACAGCACCCCCGUCAGAGAGGUUGAGGUUGAACCGUGUGCGUUGGCGCCCACCGUCAUGGCGUUCCUGGAAAACCACGGCAAAAACAUCCAGCUGUCCAACCAGAACCUGACAGCAGCCAGAGUAUCCAGCUACAACCAGGGCCUGCUGGUCACCGCCCAGCCGCUGGCUCGCCAGCAGCUGUUCCAGUUUCAGAUCGACCGUCUCAACCCGUCAUGGACGUCGUCGCUGUCGUUAGGGGUGAUAGGUCACUCCCCCGACCGCCUCAACUUCCCCUCCACAGCGUGUUGUCUGAAACGCUCCGCCUGGCUGCUGCAGAGAGACUCUGUCUUCCACAACUCCCUAAAGACUUGUGAGAACUAUGGUCCUAAUCUGGACACUUGUCCGGAGGGAACGGUGUUGGGUCUGCUGGUGGACGCCAACAGUUGUCUCCACCUCUACGUCAACGGCAUGGACCAGGGUGUGGCGGCGCAGGACAUUCCUUCGCCCUGCUACCCCUUCAUCGACCUCUACGGCCAGUGUGAACAGGUUACGAUAGUAACAAACAAUGUGCCUGCUGUGGGAGGAGAGAGUGGUGAGACCCGUUGUCAGGGCGACAUGGAAAAGGCGGACAUGGUUGACGGAAUCAAAGAGAGUGUGUGCUGGACGCCCCCUCCAGAGGUCAACCCCAACAAGUCCUGUGAGUACCAGGCGCUGUGCUCACGCUUCAAGGACCUGCUCACGUUACCAGAUGGCUAUUUUAAUGAAGACGCAAAGUACAACCUGUGCUACUGUGAGUCCUGCCACAAGCUUCGGGGUGAUGAGGCUUAUUACAAGAGAGGAGAGCCGCCCCGGGACUACGCCCUGCCCUUCGGAUGGUGCCGUUUCGCCCUCAGGAUCAAGCCCCACUGUGAGGUUUCUAAUGCACUGAAGAAGUGGCACAUCGCGUACCACGGCACCAGUGUAGGAGCCCUGCGACGCACGCUGGACCACAGCCAGCUUCUGGCUGCGACGUCGUCCAUCUUCUCAGUGUCCCCGGUGAAGGCGGAGGGGCCUAAUGGCUACAGCGAGCCAGAGGAGAACAGCGCCCCUGGCAGGGAGGUUCCCAGAGUGCGGCUCUCCCCCACUAUGCGCUACUCCGGCAUGGAGAUCUUUGCCCCUAAAGUGCAAUUUCAGGACCCCCGUUCUCACCGCUGCCACCAGGCUCAGGUGGGAUUCCAGGUGUGUGUGCGUCCCGGCUCCUACAAGGUGGGACCCCAGACGCUUGGCCACAGCGAGCCCCUGGACCCUCGCUUCAGCAACUCAGAGAUCGAGUGGAUCACUAAGGAGCAGGGUGGCACGCUCCUCUACGGACUGCUCAUCCGGGUCGAGUGAAUGGAGCGGCGAUGGAGGCAUUCGGGUGGAAGUGGGGAGGGUCUGGGUGGCGCUCCUCGUACUUUUAGUAAACUGACAACCAAAUCCAACCCCUGCCUUGAGCGAGAGACUCCUCUGGAAUCCAGCUGUUCCUACUGUGGAUUGUUGACAAUUCAGCAUUAUUGAUUUGUUUAUUUUGUUGGUUUUUGGUUGUUUGCUCUUGGACUCUUUUAAUGGCCGGGGGCUACGGCGGUUUCAAAGAAGAACAGACACUGCCUGCACUUUAUGUUUCGGACACUCGUGGGCGAUUUUUAAACUAACUUCUCAUCGACACGACAUGUUAGUUCAUUCGCUACAGUUAGUUUUUUUGGGGGGGGUUUUGACACGUUUUUGUUCUCAUUCUUCCUAACAUAUUUUCUUCCACCCUCACAAACAGCUUUUCGGCACUUAUUUUAACACUUAUCACCUCUGCUCUGGUCAGUGUUUUAUUUUGGGAGGAGCUGUCCCCUGCCAAUGUGCACGUUAACGGACUGUCACCUAAAAAGACGUGGGUCAAAAAAAAAAAGUGACAAUGUUUUCACAAAAAUAUAUAAAAACAGACACUUGAAUCUGAGAAUGAACCCAAGAGUGUCUUGUGAUUGUGACUUCUUUAGGGGUGGGGGAUUUUAAAACUGGAGGAAGAAAAAAUGUUUACACAUGUACCACUGUAUGUUGCUGUCUUCUUCAUGCCUCCACCUUUGCAUUCUGGCUACUUUAUCAGUCCUGUUUGCGUUUCUGUUCUGGCCCAGAAUCACGUCUGACUUGUCUUGUCAAAUGGGAAAUAGUCACAGGCUUUUAAACUGGAGAAAACUGAAAGGUUUGACAGAAAAAUGGACUCCUGCACCCUUUGGGAAGCUAAAAAUUGUGUAUUGAGAUAAUGAAUGACAAAUUAUGUUCCAGCCUUACAGCUUGUGUGUUACAACUGAGAGGAUCCAUCAUGAGAUAUUUAAAAACAUAUAUAUUUACUUCUAGCCUUGGUAGGUUUUGAUACAGGAAAAGGGGAAAAAGGAAAAGUUUGUCAUCUUGGGAAAUAGCUUAUCCGUGGCCAGAGUUGGAUGAGAAGAUUGAUACCACUCUGUUAUUUGUACAUUAUGGUUAAUAUGAAACUACAACCAGCAGCUAGCUAACUUAGCUUAGCAUGAAGACUGGAAACAAGGAGAAACAGCUAGACUCUGUCCAAAGGUAACAAAAUCCAGCUCCAACUUGGCAGCUCUUAAAUUCACCAAUUAAAUAUGCUGUAUGACGUUUGUUUAAUGCGUACAAAAACAAGUGAAAAAAUGACACCACCAUUUUCCAAGGGGUUAUGUGCCUAACUAUUUCUUAGUUGCCUAAAACGGUGAAUUGUAGAUUUUUACAGGUCGGUUUUUGUACGGAUUAAACAACCGCCUUAGAGGUGCUAGUAGGCGGGCGUUGUUACCUCUGGACACAGCCAGGCUAACUGUUUCGCCCUAAGCUAGCUGUAACUUCAUGUUAGCACACAGAUAUGAGAGUACUAUCGAUCCUCCCAUCUAGCAAACUUCCCAAAAUGUCAUACUUUUUUAUUUUUAAAUGGACUGAAGCCAAAAGGUUUAAGUGGUUUUCCACAUCGCUUCCCCCGCAUCGUUUACUGUGGAUGACUCUCACCUCCACCUAUCCAUCCGUCAUGUCGGCCUCUUUUUGCCCGCAGGACCUCCAGAGCCAACGAGGAUUUCAAGAUCAGCAGGGGGGCGAGUCGUCUGCAUCCCGCGACCUACGCUGGUGUUUACAUGUGAAUGUCAUUAAUUAGGGCUCUGCAGUCCUUUUAUUUCAACUAACAUCAUUGAUUUACAUUUGUCAAAUGUUUAUACAAAGGGUUUUAUUUGAUCCAAAACAUCCACCUAAUGGUUGAUUGUACGUGAACAGCUUUCCAAAGCGUUGCUUUAUUUUUCACCCUUCUCAAUUCUGUUGCCAAUUUGAUAAACAUGAAACCCCCAACAUUUUUCAAGGCACAGUUUUGAUGAGUCAAACUCAUUGAAAAAAAUAUAAUUAAAGAAGCUCAGUCGCCUUCUAAGAGCAGCUGUGAUCUGACUGAUGGAAGAUCAAUGGGGUUUGGCAAAGGAAAAACUUCCAAUCAAAAAUGUGAACUAUUAUUAUAUGGGUUAUUUAUGGCCCAGUGCUGCUUUGUAUAAUUUAAUUUGUAUUGUUUUCUUUUUUGUUUUCUGUAUGUUGCGUUGUACAGGCUGUUACAUAACAAAUCAUAUCUUCCUGAUUUAUAAAAAAUAAAAAAAAACUGACAGACAGUAUGCACACAA